AUGGGCGAGACGUGUGGAGACUCGAGGGAGAAAAAGAUUGAACAAGAAGGGGUGCCCGGAGGUGACGGGGUGCUGGGCGGUUGCGCGAUACAAGCAAGUAAGGUUGAUGUGGAGGUUGAUAGGCCACCUUUGGUGCCCAAUAAUACACCGGUGCAGACUGCUCCGGGUUCGCCGGCCAGGAGGAAUGGGUCGGGCGGCGCAGCCGCCGACCCCGUAGCCGCCGACGUGGCGGCGGCUGACUCUCAAACAAGUGAUCUACCAAGGCAGAGAUCGAGUUCUAUGGUUGAAGAAAGAGGUCCAGAGUCUCAGUCGAGUGCUAAUGGGCCGAAGGAAGCCAGUCACGUGGACGAGAACUCUCCGAUAUCGAUUAUAAACCGCAGGCGGAUCUUUAGCACCAGUGAUUCGAGGUCUUCAGCGGUGUCCCAGGUGGCAGGUCCUUCUGGGGAAGAGAGCGGUGCGAGUGAUGAUGGUGGAAUUGCACCACAAAGUUUUUAUUUCGAUAAGGAUCGUUCUGUGACGGACCCGCACGUGAAGUUGGACGAGGAGAAAGAUAACCUUUCAUCGUGGAUCAAGUCGGGACGAGAUGUUUAUUCGCUUUCCGAGUCAUCUGCAAAGAAGAAAGACGGUGAAUUUUCUAUCCAUGAUGGCUUAAUAUCGCCACAGGCGCCUAGGUCUGCACUGUCGAUCGGUAGCUCGUGCGGGCGUGUGAUGAGUAGAGAUAGUAUCUCUGGAGGAUUGGAACCGGGUCGUAAGCAGAGAUCCAAGUCUGCGGGGGAUGAUGAUAAUUACGUGCCGCCACCACCGCCAAAAUUUAUCAAUUCUAAGCUGGAUGGGGUGAGAUCGAGACUUCUUGUGAACCCAAGAAUCGCAGCGCCCAAGAUUGAUGAAGACAUUGGGACUGCCACGGCAGCAGCUGUUUUGUCAAAUAUGCGGUCGUCACCGUUCCAUUUCGCUGAUAGACCACAACAAUUUAGUAGUCGACCGGGAUCUUCUUCUUUCUCAAAGAGUUAUCCAAGACCUAUAAUACGUAUUCAUCACAGAGAACACUCCGCGGAUGAUGAGAAUGCUGUUUUGGAUGGCGAUGAUGACGAAGAUUACGACAUGGAUGAAGAGGUCAAGAAGGAAAAUGAUAAUAAACUGCGAAAGAACGAUGAAGAGAAGGCAGAUAGAGGAGUUACGUGGAAUAAAAACGGGAAAAGGAUUAACCGUAGAGUGGCGGCAACAGACUCUAAGAAGAAGAAACCAAAAGGUCAGGGAAGGACAAAGAAGACGUAUACCGAGGAGGACACUGCCAACGAUGAUGGAGACGAAAAUUACGCCCUGUACCACGACGAUGACGAAGACGACGAUGACGAGGGGACUACGAAGAGUGGCCAUAAGGGUUCCAGGCAAAAGAAUGCCAUGGGAUCGCGUUCCCGUACUGGUUGUUGGAUUUGUCGUCUAAGAAAGAAAAAAUGUACUGAGGAGAGGCCCAGUUGUUUCAACUGUGAAAGAUUGAAUUUGGAAUGUCAUUAUGGUGUCAUCAAACCAGACUUUGUCUCCGAUCCUAAGAAGAAAUUAGCUAAACUGGAAGAGAUUAAAACUAAGACCAAGGAGGCAAAGCGGAAUGCCAUGAGGAAGAAACCAACUCGAUCCAGUUCCUGA